UUCUUCGAGCCAAUCUCCCGAGGUGGUCUCUACAGGCGCGUGCUGCUAAUUUGGUCAGAGCCACUGAGCUUUGCGCGGGCUCGCCUGCGCUUUCCCCUCGGUAUUUCUUGCCGGGAUUGCUGCCCGCCUUUGGCUUUGUGUUCUCUGUGCUCUGGGGCCCGGAAAUUCUGCCGGAAGGAGGCCGAUCUCACCUCUGCGGGGGCAGACGCGAGGCGGAGUUAGCGACGCGGGGCUGGUGCAGAAAGGUCGAAGAACGGUCGGAGGUGCCUGAGUGGGGUUAAUAAUGAUAAUGAUAAUUAAAAACAUCUGAAGAGACUUCCUGGAUGUGGAGUGGCCACCUUUGUUUUGUUCUGCAUUUGUUGCAACCAUGUUUGGGAGAUUGACUCUUCCACAACUGCUUUUUGCUAGCAUCGUUGGAAUUGCUGGAGGAAUAUAUAUUUAUCAACCAAUAUAUGAACAGUAUUCUAGAAAUCAGAAGGAAUUAAAAGAAAAGUCGAAAUUGGCACAAGAAUCAGAAGAGAAGAAAGCUGACUAAUAAGGGGAUCCAAUGACCAUCGUGUUACCAGCACCAUGCUCUAACCGAGUGAGCUAACUGGCCAGCCUUGUUUUUAGGGUGGUGAAAAUGUUUUGGAAAUAGGUAGUAGUGAUCAGUGUACAAUUUUGUGAAUCUUUUUUAAAAAAAACACUGAAUUGUAUACUUUUAAAGUAUGAACU